UUGAAACGACGAGGAAGAAGGAAAAAAAAACAGCACCACAGCACGUCCGAUGGUCGCCUUUGUAUGCGUGUGAAGAGGCAUCAUCUCACCAACACCACCGUGUGCAGCACGGGCAGCCCGAGCUGCGUGACGCGCGACCACUGCUACGGAGCGAGCUCAUUGUAGAAUUUAAUACCGAAUUGAAUAGUUCUGUAUUGCUGGACACUGGGGUGACGCAAAAGUGAGAGCCACAAUCACGGAAGCAUCCGGGUACUAGGCCAGCCCUCAGUAUGUCUGUCCCUGUGAGCUGCUACUCUGUCGAUAGCAUGAACACCAUCGACCAGCAGCCCAUCGGAAUCGGCGGCCAUGGUCUACCGGCGUCCUCUUCCGCCUCCAUCGUGAUGAUGAUGGAGGAAGACGACGACGACCACCGGCCACUGAUGAGGAUGAGCCCACCGACGACCGUUCAUGCGCACGAUCAGACGAUGCAUCACGAUCAGCGGAUGUCGGCAGAGGAGGGCCGGCUUGGGACACCGGAUGCUGCUGAUGGAGUUCUGUUGGCGUCGCACGACUGUCGCCGCGGUGGCAACAACGCCACCAGCAGCGGUACCAUGCAAUCAUCGGGCCUGGGCGGCCAGGGCAGCAGCAGCAGCUACUACCACCCGCAUCACCACCACCACCACCAUCACCAACAACAACACCACCGCCUGAUGAUGAUGGAUACCGCCGCGGCCGGCACGGCUCGCGCCAAUCAUGACGAUGGCCAGGACUUAGCCAACGCUGCCGGGGCAGCGGCAGCGGCUAAGUGCCCCUCACCGCAUAAGCACACCACCAAUGCAUCAUCUACAUCAUCAUCAUCACUAUCACCACCACCACCAUCCCCACCUGCUUCGUCGCCGGCAACUGGCAACACUGGUGCAGCACCUCCACCGGGGCUGACAUUCGAACAGAUGACGGCCAAGCUGAGCGAGCUGCUAGCGCUGGAACCGAAGUACCAACCGAACCUCUACCUGCCGCAACAAUCAAUGAAUGGCGAAAUCACGAUCGGCACCCGCGAUGGAGCCGCCCAUGUGCUGCGCUGCCUGAAGGUUUGGUACGAGCUGCCGAACGAUGUCCUGUUUGCUGCCAUUAAUUUGGUCGACCGCUUCCUGACCAAGAUGAAGGUUCGUCCAAAGCACAUGGCGUGCAUUUCGGUCAGCUCCUUCCAUCUAGCGGUACAACAGCUCAGCAUGCCAGUCAUCGACACGGAGGAUCUGAUCGCUAUCUCGCAGUGUCGUUGCACUUCUCGCGACCUUGUCCGGAUGGCCGAUAUCGUCGCCAAUAAGCUUGGCGUUCAAAUGAACCUGGCCCCGGUUACAGCUUUGUCGUUCAUCCGGCUGUUCUACUACAUCUUCGAGAACGCCGCGAACGCUCUCGGGCUGUCGGAGAUUUUCAAAUCCGCCAUCUCGUUGGCAGAUCUCGAGAUGCGCCUUGAGAUUCUGGCAUGUGACGCCAGCUGCGCCAGCAUUCGUCCGUCCGAGCUCGCGCUCGUGAUGAUCUUCACUCAGAUGGAUGUGUACGUCAGCGCGAACAAGGACAAUGGUCUGGUACAUCAACAGAUCCAUGAUCUUGUUGAUUACGCCAUCCAGCUGCAGAAAUUCUGUCGGAUCCCGGAUAGCAGCUUCCUUUACAGUCACAGCAUUGUGGCGAAGAUUCUUUCCCUGUAUAAUGGGCAGCAUAAGAUCCCGUACAAGCAGCGGCUGGUAUGGAAGCUUUCAUCGCGUACUAUGCGUGUUCUGCGCCCUACUGACAAGUUGACUUCCUAUCUGCCCACGAUUGCCGAACACCAUCAUGCCCACGGACACAUGAGUAACAGCAACCUUAGAUUCAGAACCGGCAGUGUAAGCUCCGAAGAUGACGGAGAAGAUUGGCCAACAUCGCCGAUCGUAGCAGUAUGCGAACAGUUUGUUGACGAGUAAAAUCGAUCGACAGGUCGAUGGCGUGAUCAAGCGCUCUCUUUUCUCUUUGGUUCUUUGAAACUUUGAACCGACGAUAAGAAUAGACGGGAUACUAUGUGAAAUGAUGUCCAUCAGAACACACAAUCGAUGUCUACACAUCCAGAGCCCCAUUGUGUAAAGAAGUGGGGCACUUAAAUGCUGCUUCAAAUCGAAUAAUGGUAAAAGAGAAAAUGAAAAAGUGCACUCAAAUGAAAUGCACGUUAGCAACAAUCUGCACCCUACUGUUACUACGGAACACAUCAAUAUUUGACCAAUGCUGUCUAAUAUGAUUCAAAUUCGUUUUAAUCGCGCUUUGUUGAAACCCUCGGAAUCAUGCCUGUCUUUUCUAAUUAACCGUGGCCGGCCACCAGCCUUACAUUCAGAUCAAGACAACCUGGGUAGAUGAAUGAGACGCGCCAAUGCACUAAUUCAUAACAUUGCGAGACAAAUCGAAAGCAUACAAUCUUGUUUUGUCCUGAUCCGGUGUUAAUGGACAACAACGCGAAGCAAUGUAAGGGAAACGUGUACAUUUCCCAAUCUGAUGACGACGUACAGGCUACGCUAAGAUGGUAUCCUACCAUCCAUAUGUGAUAACACCAACAGCAGCAGCAAAAAAGUGAUAAUUUGUGCGUUAUGAAUGUUGACCAAGGCAUUGUGGCAAUACACAUAUGAACACUACCCAAAGAAGCUGAUUGCAACAGUAAUCAGCGCACAAGAAAGAGAUGUGGUUCUGGUGAGAUCAGCCGGCGAAUUGUGGUUAACAGGAAGGAGAAUCCAAAUAAUCAAGCAUGGAAGUGCAAAAAGGCAGCGAAUCGACGAAUUGACAUCGACGAGGGAACGAGCUAACGAUGAACGAGAAUCAUUUCGGUUGGUAAAGUUUAUUUUAUAUUGUUUUCCUCCCUUUUCGUUGUAAGCAGAAGCAUUAUUCUUUAACACUUAUUUCAUAACGGUGUAGACAAAAAUCAGUCAGCAAAAAAAAGCAUCUAAGAAAUACUAACUAUAAUGCGCUGGAUAAGAAACCAAUCGAGGGAAUCGUGUCAAGUUGCGUGAAGAAUGUUUACGAUAGAGACAGAGCGUGGAAAGAGAACGCGAUAGAAUUCUGUGGCGUGGAAAUUUUGUGGCAUUGACAUAACGCCAGUUUGGAGGCGGUUCCAGUGUGGGAAGCAUAAGGAUCAUCUUUAUUUGAAAUGAAACAAAAAAGUCAAAAAAUUAAACACAACAAAAAAAUCAAUAAAAUCUCUUAAAAGUCACGCUGAAAGUAUAUGCAAGUAUAAAAAGAAACAUAAAAGGAAAAUCAAAAAAAGUACAAAAUAUACAAAACGGUUUAAAAAAAACCUAGCGAAUAAGUUGUGUAGGGUUUAAAAUGGUAAACACAAGCACGUGACAUUUAACAGCCAACAAGCAACUAUAUUGAAGGUCAAACUUUUUCCAACAAUCUAGUUUAAUCGUCAGAUUGCAUUAUUUAGUUGGAAAAUGUAUUUCUACCGUAAGGAUACAUGCGUACGUUUAUUAAGGAAUUAUGGGAAACACGGAACGACGAGAAUUACGUGACGCGCGCAUUGAAACAAAUGGUCAACAUUGAAUCGUGUGAGAAUCCGCUUUGGGAUUGCAAAAGAUCGCGAUUAAUGUGAACAGAAAAAGAAUGUGCUUGCCAGCAAAUGGAUGAAUCAAUUAUGUAGAGAGAUACAUUUUUGUUUAUGUUUGGAUUUUUUGUGUUGUACGGAGUUGUUUGGAAUAACAUUGAUUUUCUGGUUACUUUUUUUAUUAACUGAAUUUCAAUUCAAGGAUUGCAUAUUUUCAUUGAAGCAACCGAAAGAAACAUGAAUGGAACAUAAACAAAUCAGAAGGAAUGCUUUGAAUUCAAAACAAAUCAACCAGAAGUGUAACGAGUACUGCAGAACUCGUAUUAACGUAAAGCCAGUACUGAAUGUGUUAUUAGCGUGUAGGAUAAAGCACGAAGAAAUUUAAUGAGCGAAAAUAGCAAUAGCGCAUAUGUCUGGCAUAGUGCGACAGAGGGCAAGAUUGAGAGAUAACAAAUCAUCCCUACUAAUGUGUCUCCUUUUUAGAAGGACAAAGCUCAAUCAAGCACAAAGCUAUGGCGUGUUUGCUUAUGGUUGUCUUUCUCUAAAUAUUUCUCUGCCAAGAACUAAACAUUUGUUCGUUAUGAUUGCAGUAAGAAAUGAAAAUCUUUUCCCUAUGAAUUAAUAGCAACGCAACUUGCAAAGCCUCCACGGUUACAGAUGAGCAAAACUGCUGCAAACAACAUAACUACGACUUAUCAAACCUUAGCAAAUUGCCAAGUAACCUUAUAUAAAUAUCGAGAUAGACAAUUAAUUCAUUUCCAAUACGCGUGGAAACUGAAUUCAAUCGGAAACCUAAACCAUACGAAACCAAUAGGCGGCCACAUUCGUUCACUAUUCUAUUUGCUAUUGUAUGCUUGUAGUGAGAAUAAGGACGAGAAAUUUAAACGAAAAAAAUCUUACUCCAAUCUUGGAGAGCAACGCCAAACUUUCCAAAAAAAAACCUAAAUCAUGAAACAGUAAGGAUUGUGUAGAAUUAAGCUGAGCUUUUCCUGUGUUUUGGUCUGAUAAUGCGUC